AGUUCGCCCGGCCGCAACGAAAAAGCCGGGGAAUAAAUAGAGGGAGAGGGGGGUAGUUAUGAGGGGUGGCCUCGGACUGCUCUCCACGGUGUCGCCUCCGCCGCCUCCGCCUCCGCUCCGCUGCUUCGGCCGCCUCCGCCUCCGCUCCCUCUUCUCCUCCGAUAUCCUGAGAGUGAAAUCUAGAAAAUCAGUUUGGACCGUGAGGACACGAGCAGCGACAACGAUGGCGAGUGAUCAAGAAAACAUUGGCAACUUAAGGAAACAGGUGGCAAAACUAUUUGAGACAUCUCUUAGGGCAACAGUCCCCGAGGAAUUAGAUGUUGAGCCCUUGGUUGCUGCUUGCACUGCAAAGUUUGGCGAUUACCAAUGCAACAACGCUAUGAGCCUAUGGCCACGGAUCAAAGGGAAAAAGACUGAAUUCAGGGGUCCCCCAGCAGUAGGACAGGCUCUUAUGAAGAACCUUCCUUCAUCUGAAAUGGUAGAGGCAUGCUCUGUUGCUGGACCUGGAUUUGUGAACGUCACGUUAUCGAAGAAUUGGAUUGCCAAGAGCAUUCAGAAGAUGCUGAUUGAUGGAAUUGAAACAUGGGCGCCAAGGCUCUCAGUUAAACGGGCGGUGGUUGAUUUUUCUUCUCCUAACAUUGCGAAAGAAAUGCAUGUCGGGCAUUUAAGAUCUACUAUAAUUGGAGAUACACUGGCCCGCAUGCUGGAGUUUUCAAAUGUUGAAGUUCUUCGUAGAAACCAUGUUGGUGAUUGGGGUACACAGUUUGGCAUGUUGAUUGAGUUCCUUUUUGAGAAGUUUCCUGAUUGGGAAAGUGCUACUGAAACCGCCAUUGGAGACCUUCAGGCAUUUUAUAAGGCAUCAAAGCAGAAAUUUGAUGAGGAUCCUGUUUUUAAGGAGAGGGCACAGAAGGCUGUGGUUCGCCUUCAGGGUGGGGAAGUGAGGUAUCGCAGUGCAUGGGCGCAAAUCUGUGAUAUUAGCCGAAGGGAGUUUGAUGGGGUCUAUCAGCGUCUUGGAGUUUCAUUGGAGGAGAAGGGAGAAAGCUUUUACAACCCGUAUAUUCCUAGUGUACUGGAGAAGCUGAGCAACUUAGGGUUAGUUGAAGAAAGUGAAGGAGCUCGUGUGAUUUUUAUUGAAGGGUAUGAGAGACCCCUUAUCGUAGUGAAGAAAGACGGCGGUUACAACUAUGCAUCAACUGAUCUCUCUGCCCUUUGGUAUCGCCUGAACAUAGAAAAGGCUGAGUGGAUUAUUUAUGUCACUGAUGUUGGUCAGUCCGAGCACUUUCAAAUGUUUUUCAAGGCUGCUAAGCGUGCAGGUUGGCUUCCUGAUGAUGAUAAAGCAUACCCUAGGACUAGCCAUGUUGGCUUUGGUCUUGUUCUUGGUGAAGAUGGUAAGCGUUUUCGAACUCGCAGUACUGAAGUCGUUAGACUUGCGGAUUUACUGGAUGAAGCCAAAGCUCGCAGUAAAGCAGCACUUGUUGAACGCGGCAAGGAUAAGGAAUGGAAUGAGGAGGAGCUUGACAAAACUGCAGAGGCAGUGGGUUAUGGAGCUGUGAAGUACGCCGACUUGAAGAACAAUAGGACCACGAACUACACCUUCAACUUUGAUCAAAUGCUUAAUGAUAAGGGGAAUACUGCUGUCUAUUUGUUGUAUGCCCAUGCUAGAAUCUGCUCAAUAAUCAGAAAAUCUGGCAAAGAUAUAGAGGAACUUAAGAAAACCGGAACCGUAGCAUUGAAUCAUCCUGAUGAACGGGCAUUGGGGCUCCAUUUGCUCCAAUUCGGUGAGACUGUGGAGGAGGCUUGCUCUAAUUUGUUGCCCAAUGUGUUGUGUGAAUACCUGUACAAUAUGUCAGAGAAUUUUACCAGAUUCUAUUCGAACUGCCAGGUGGUUGGAUCGGCAGAGGAGACCAGCAGGUUGCUGCUGUGCGAAGCGACCGCGGUUGUAAUGAGGAAAUGCUUCCAUCUCCUCGGGAUAGUGCCCGUCCACAAGUUAUAAGUACAUUAAAAAUAGGGUACCUUCUUCCAAAUUUUGUGAGUUUACUGCACUGAUUCACCCAAAGAUUGGGUUAAUUAUAGGAAACGAGAUACGGAAGCGGAAAUUUUUCGUGUUUAGUUUGGAAUGUCAUGCCAGCGCAAGGGGAUUUUUGUUGGG